AAGGCACAAAUUUUGAAAUAAGUAAUACUUGAAUAAUUCCGUUCCUUGACAAACCUCACACGCCCCAUGUUUAAUGCUCACGAUCUUGGUCUUGUCAAUCAGUAAGUUCUCAUAACUAGGUUGAGAAUGAAGUGCCCUGUGAUUUUCUUAGUUUUUUUUUCGGUGCUUUGCCAUGGGGCGACAGCCAUGCUUCUAGAUAUAAAUUGUAUCCCCAGAAAGAACUUUAAAGCAAAAAUAACGAAUGGCAUUAAAACUGCACAGGGAAGUACUCCGUGGAUGGCUAUCAUUCGCAAUUCAACAAAACAUUUUCUUUGCGGCGGUUCAUUUAUUCACAGAAGCAAGUAUAACUAACUUUAGACAAUGUUUAAAUCAUAAUUUGUACUGCUUUUAGACUUUGUCAUGACAGCCGCGCACUGCAUUUUUAACGAAUUAUACGUUCAUUUGGGAGUUUACGAUCAGUAUUGUCCUCCCUCAAUAUGCAAAGAAGUUGAGGAAUACUCUGUAACCGCGAACUUCACCUAUGGCAAACACAGCGAUAUAGCUCUGCUGAAACUUGACAGACCUGUGCAAUACAAGGACAAUAUCCGACCGAUCUGCAUCAUUUUGGAUAACCGCGUAAACCCGUUCACCAUCAAAAGGUUUUCAGCCUUUGGUUGGGGAAAAAUGGAGAAUGGAAGAGACAGCCAAUUUCUGAGAACCAUCACUGUGUACCGUCGUCAGCGAGAGGAGUGCGAACCGUUUCUUAGAAAGAUGCCCAAAGAUGAUUUUUGCGCCGGAUCGGCAAUCGGGGACACCUGCAAGGGCGACUCCGGCGGUCCCUUGAACGCGUACGUUAAACAUAAGCGAAAAUGGAUCUACGCGCAGUUUGGACUGGUGAGCUACGGCGCAACCACCUGCAAUUUCAAUGCCUAUUACGUGGAAGUAAUGAGAUACAAAAUGUGGAUAAUGGAAAUGGUGACUUUUCAAAAACGCAACUAUUUAUGGAGCAUAAUAAAGAGCCCAGUCAAACUGUAGUGGGAAAUAUACUGGACUUUGCGAGACAAUAGUGGGUCCUCUAACGUUUUAUACUGUUUUCAAGAGAUUUAUAAGCCAAUGUUGUUACAUCACUAGCCGUAAUGUUAAAAAAUUGUGUACAAAAAUAAAAGAGGUCUAAACGGACUAACCUAAAACUCAAUUAACGUUGAUAAAACACACGGAUCCCACAUAUAUACGAGUGAUAUAUGUAUUGCACUCAUAACUAUUUAGCGCGUGCUU